CCAGGUAUGACUGGUCAGAAAGGUGAACCUGGAUCCAAAGGGGACAGAGGAGACCCAGGUCAGAUUUUAAAAGAGGGGUACCCUGGAGAACGUGGAAAACCAGGGCCGCCAGGACGGAGAGGGCCCAAGGGAGGGCCGGGUAUUCCAGGAACGUACUGUCUUCCAGGGAUCCCAGGCCUCAAUGGAGAUCCAGGUGACCUAGGCUUUCAAGGAGAACGCGGUUAUCCGGGGCCCAAAGGUGAUCUUGGUACAUGUUUAUGUGGCCCCCCAGUUGAGAUAAGGGGCCCUCCUGGUCCUGAAGGACCAGUAGGGAGAAAAGGGUCAUCAGGUCCCCCAGGAAACCCAGGCCCAAGAGGAGAGAUGGGUUCACCUGGAGACAGAGGAUUAAAGGGUGCUGAGGGCAUGAUCGGAUCCCAGGGUGUGAAAGGCUUUAAAGGACAGAAAGGAGAUUUCAGAGUAGUUGAUUUUAAAGGUGAAAAGGGAAAUAUGGGUGAUUUAGGCCCUGAAGGAACACGAGGAUUCUCAGGAAGAAAUGGAUUACCUGGUCCCCCGGGACCACCUGGUAAUCCAGGAAUUGAGGGGGAAAGUCUCAUUGGUUUUCCUGGAGACAGAGGCUGCAAAGGAUACCCUGGACAAAAGGGAAUUUUAGGACCACCAGGUCGCAGAGGAAGCAGUGUGUUUGGGGCCGUUGGAGAGCGUGGGCCCCCUGGAAAUCCAGGAUUUGUAGGAUUUCCUGGACCAAAGGGGCAAAAGGGGGUUAAAGGUGACAGUCCUCCCUGCAUCCCUCAAAUCCCUGGUCCCCAAGGGCAGAAGGGAGACCCUGGAAUACCAGGUUUCCCAGGUCCUCUGGGUCCUAAAGGUUAUAUAGGUUUUCCAGGACCGGAUGGGCCUAAAGGAGAUAAGGGACAGACUGGUCCUCCAGGAAUGCCUGGCCUCAAAGGAGCUAAAGGUUGUGAUGGAGAUCCUGGAGAAGAGGGAGACAUGGGUUUGAGUUAUGAUGGAACUCCAGGUUUUCCAGGAGCCCCAGGUCCCCCCGGACUCCCAGGACCAAGAGGAGAUCAUGCUUAUGGUUGCCAGGGACCCCCAGGCCUGCCUGGACGACAGGGGUCUCCAGGGCAUAAAGGAGUCCCUGGCUCCCCAGGGAAUAAGGGAGGGCCAGGUGUCCCAGGCUCUCCUGGAGACCCUGGAGUAAAGGGACAGAAAGGAAAUGAAGGGGCCAAAGGUCAAAGAGGCCUAAAAGGACUUUCACUGGACCAAUGUGAUGCUGGACCUUCUGGUGAAAUUGGCUUCCGGGGACCUCCGGGACCUGAAGGACAUCAAGGUUGUCCUGGUCCAAAAGGUCUCAAAGGGGACAAUGGUUAUUCACAGGCUGGUCGUAAAGGUGCGCUUGGAGAAAAUGGAGUUCCAGGUUUUCCUGGUGUGCGGGGGCCACAGGGGCCACAAGGUCCUAUUGGAAACGAUGGCCAGCCAGGGCCCCUUGGUCAAAAAGGUCUGAUCGGGCCCCAGGGCUUUGAGGGACGAGCAGGAAUUCCAGGGAAAAAAGGCUCCAUUGGUCCCCAAGGGAGGACAGGAGAGAUGGGCCUGAGGGGACAAGAUGGACUUCCAGGUUAUGUGGGUUCAAAGGGGCAAAAAGGUUGUUUAGGCAACCCAGGUCCUCCAGGGGAUUGCAAAAGCAUUCCCAUAAACGGCCCACCAGGACCACAGGGACUGCCUGGCAGCAUCGGAUUUCCCGGACCACGAGGUUAUAAAGGUUUUCGGGGUACUGAUGGAAGGCCUGGAUUUCCAGGCUCAAAUGGACCUCCAGGUAUUAGGGGAUCCCAGGGUCCCAAAGGGCCACUAGGCAAAAAAGGGCUACCUGGAUCCCCUGGAUGUAAAGGACAUAUGGGAUACAGCGGCUUCCCCGGGCAGAAUGGAGAACCGGGAGACCCAGGAUGUCCUGGAAACCCUGGAAAUCCUGGUAAUUCAGGAUAUCCUGGACCUAAAGGUGAUAUAGGGGAGUCUAUUGGUGUUCAUGGUCCACCUGGGGAUAAGGGACAUUCUGGAAACAUUGGAUGUUCUGGCCCCCCUGGCCCUCCAGGACAAUCAGGACCUCCGGGCACUGAUGGGGCCCCAGGACCAAAAGGAUGCAAAGGACACAAAGGGUUUCCAGGAAGAACUGGUGAAUCAGGGGUGGUUGGUCCUCCAGGUUGCAGAGGUCGGCAGGGGCCUCCAGGUUUUCCAGGUGCACCAGGAGCUAAAGGUGUUCAAGGACAAGAUGGUUACACAGGACACAAAGGAGCUCAAGGGCCACCAGGGCUUCAUGGACUGGAUGGGCUAAGUGGACGGAAAGGGGCCAUGGGGAUGAAAGGUCUGUGUGAGGGUGGUAAUGGGGGUGAAAGAGGUCCUCCAGGACCUGCAGGUCCCCCAGGUCCUCCAGGUCCCCCUGGUACCUCGCAGAAUGGACCAAGAGGACCCCCAGGUCCACAGGGACCCAGAGGGCCUCUAGGUGGUUAUGGACCACCAGGUCCACCUGGAGAUGACUGUAGAAACCCAAAUCCAGGGCCGCCUGGGGAUCCUGGUGCAGAGGGCCCGAAAGGAGACCCAGGUAACCAUGGUGACCAAGGAGACCCAGGCCCAAGCUUUCCAUUUCCUGGGGACAUGGGAGACAAUGGAUGGCCGGGAUACCAGGGUCCAAAAGGACCACAAGGAUUUCCGGGGCCAGCAGGACCAAAAGGCAACCCUGGAAAUCAAGGCUGUAAAGGAAUGAGAGGAGAUCCAGGGACAAUGGGACAACCUGGACAUAAAGGUGUGCAGGGUCCCUAUGGAUCCCGAGGGGCCAAAGGAAGGAAGGGGGAGAAAGGACGAGAGGGUUUAAAGGGGGAGCCGGGACGAAUCUUGCCAUAUGAAUAUCCACCAAUACUUGAAGGGCCUGAAGGACCACCAGGUCCCCCUGGUGCUAAAGGAGAACAGGGCCUGAUGGGAGACCCUGGUCCAAAAGGGUUGAAUGGGGUGAAGGGGAAUCGGGGGGAAGAUGGAUCCCUGGGUUCUGGGGGUCCAAAAGGCGACCCAGGAGCCACUGGAAGACCAGGUCUACCAGGAGAGAACGGAGUGUUGGGAGAAAAAGGUUUUCCGGGUCCGCCGGGGGACCGAGGUAAACCUGGACAGACCCCAGACGUAACAAUGGGGUUCCUGCUGGUAAAGCACAGCCAAAAAAAGGAGCCUCCAAGUUGCCCACCAAACAUGCAGCAGCUUUGGAUUGGAUACAGUCUGCUGUACAUGGAGGGCCAGGAGAGGGCUUACUCCCAGGAUCUAGGUCAGGCUGGAUCCUGUGUUCGUAUUUUCUCCACCAUGCCGUUCUCCGUAUGUGGUACCAAACAAUGCCAGUACGCAGGCCGAAACGACAAAGCCUAUUGGCUGUCAACGAUGGAGAGGGCUCCUAAUAGACCAUUUAAUGGAAUCGCCAUUGAGAACCACAUCAGUCGCUGUGUUGUGUGUGAAGCGCCCUCUGCUCCUGUGGCUAUGCACGAUUCCAACUCCAAGGAACCGCCAAGCUGUCCCCCCAAUUGGACAUCUCUGUGGACAGGAUAUUCCUUCAUUAUGUUUACAGGUGGAGGUGAUGAGGGAGGCGGCCUCUCGCUGAUGUCCCCUGGCAGCUGUCUGAAAGAGUUCAAAGCUCAGCCCUUCGUAGAGUGUCAGGGAGCUCGGGGAACCUGCCACUUCUUCGCCAACGUCUACAGCUUCUGGUUGACCACCUUCAAAGGCACCAACACUGCACUGACCGACUCUGAGCAGCAGAGGGAGCAUGUUGCUCAGUGUCGAGUCUGCAUAAAGAUGUGAGGGAGAGCAGGAUGGUGGUGCCCCUCUUCUUCAGGAGGGAUCCAAGGGACGCUCGCUGCACCUCUCUUUUAUUGAGAGAGUUUGGGGACAAAAACUGAAAGAGAUUUUAGUUUUGAUGAGGAGAAACCUUGAUGGUAGAGGUAAGAGCUGCCAAUCAGCUGAUCAGAAGAGGCUUGGGAAAAAAACUCAGCUGAGGUUUGAAGCAGUGGGAUGUCUCUCUUUAUAGCAAAGUGUAUUUUUUUCAGAACUGGAGCAGUUAAUAAGAAAAAACUAGGUUUCUAAUUUUUUUAAAGUGAAUUAGUCCUGAUUUCAUGCAGGUCUCAACGUCAAAAAAGCAAAAACAAAAAAGCACAAUUGCUGAGUGUAAGAAAUGUGAUUCAGAAAAUCCAUUUUUAAAUCUGCUUACAAUGGUUAUCAAUCACCUUGUUACAAAUGCAGGCAGUUUCAUUAAGAAUAAAGUUGACGAUGGCAUCUAAAAACCAGUAUGAGGUGAAUCCCCCCUUGUAGCCAUUGAAUUUCAAAGGGCAAGCUUUUAAUUGAAAUUAAUUUCAAUAAAUAGGAAAACUGGAUUUAUGAA